AUGGAGGCGUAUCGCGUGGCUGAAGCUGGCAACGCGUUAGGAGAGAAGGUUCCGAGCGCCUCUACGAAGCAACGUGUGGAGGCUCACGAGGAAUGCUUAUGUAACCUACUGAGACAGCUUCCUUCUCACCACCAAUGUCAAUCCAAGCACGAACACUCGCUGCUUGCUGAUGUGAACUUGGAUGGUAAAUACUUAGUUCAAAAUUGUCCGCCUACGCCUACAGUUCAGGCUUGUUUGCCAGACACUGAUUAUACCCGUUCAUACGCAGAGUGGCAACAUUCAGUAUCUGAGAGCUAG